AUGACAUCCUUUACUGAGAUGAUCCAUCUUCGCUCCUCGCAGGGUGAAGUCUUCGAGGUCGAGUCAACAGUCGCAUGCAUGUCCAAUCUGAUCCAGAAUAUGGUAGAAGAUGGCGGUGUAGAUGAGGAAAUACCGCUACCUAAUGUUAAGACUGCUAUAUUGGCUAAGGUGAUCGAGUAUUGUAAGCAUCAUAAGGAGAAUCCUCCUGAUGAGAUAACUAAGCCGUUGAAGUCUACGAGUCUUGCCGAAUGUGGAGUCAGUGAUUGGGACUGCGAAUUUGUGAACAUAGAACAGGAAAUACUCUUUGAACUAAUUCUAGCUGCUAACUAUUUGGACAUUAAGCCUCUGCUUGAUCUAACAUGCGCUAAAGUUGCAUCUAUGAUCAAGGGCAAGACACCUGAAGAAAUUCGUCAACAAUUCAAUAUCGUCAACGAUUUUACACCGGAAGAAGAGGCUAAGGUACGAGAAGAGAAUAAAUGGUGUGAGGAUGCAUAA